AUGUCUCCCGCAGCCGUAACCUCGACCCCUCCUCCCAGCUCGACCCCCCACACAAACGGGAAAUCAUCUACCAAACCCGUCAUCACCCCUUCUUCGACGGCCACCUCUCAAAUCCCCGCAUGGGUCCAACCCGACCUCACCCGUCUCCUCCGCGUAGAGCACAACCCCGGCUCCUUCACCUCGCGCUCCGUCUCCCUCGUCAACCUGCCCCCCGGCGCAGUCUUCGCACGCAUCACAAACCCCACACCAGCGACAGUAGCCUACUCCUCCGUCCAAGCCUCGCGCGACCUACACAUCGAGCUGAACUGCGACCUCGUCUACAUAAACCACAGCUGCAAGCCCAGCCUGGUGUUUGACAUGCAGCGCUGGGAGGUGAGGGUGUCUGAGCAGGGAGAGGGGCUUAAGGAGGGCGAUGAGCUGACUUUCUUUUACCCGAGUACCGAGUGGAGUAUGGCUCAGCCUUUUGAGUGCUUGUGUAAGACGGAGGUGUGUGCGGGCGAGAUUAAGGGUGCGAGGGAUAUGAGCAGGGAGGUUUUGGGCAGGUAUUGGUUGAAUAAGCAUAUUGAGGAGAUGCUUGCUGAGAGGGAUGGGCAGUAG